AGAUGAACAGCAGGCGGGUCACGUGACGCGAACCAAUUUCGGAGUACCUGUGGUACCUGUGCUGUGGCGCUCGAACAUUGCCAUUUCCUGCUAGGGUUUCUCAUCCUCAACAACCUCCGCGGAACAUCGUGAACAUUUUCGGAAUAACGCUGAAAUAAAUCAAUCACGGAUACCAUUUUUUUGUUGUGACAAACAUGGGACACGGGACAGUCAAACAACCACAGGCGAAGGUGAAUAAACAAGUCCCGACGACGGGAUCAACACAUAAACACACAGGGUCUUCCCAAAAGCAGCAUGGCGGUAAGCCAGGAGGGAGUGGGGAGAAGCCAGCUCCUCCCCCAAAGGUGGCCCCGGGGCGUACGAUGGGACGAGAGAAGGCGAUUAUCUGGGAGGACGACAACGAUGUGGACUUCGAGGACAUCACGUUCGUAGUGCCUAUAGUCAUCUCCGUCAUCAUCCUGCUUGUCUUCUUUCUCCGGAAGUACAUACGCUGGACCGUCCCCUGCCAGAGCUCCAACCGCAUCGACGGCAAGACUGUUGUUAUUACUGGAGCUAACACAGGGAUUGGGCGGGCAACGGCGACAGAGCUUGCGCGGCGGGGUGGCCGGGUGGUUAUGGGCUGCCGGGACAGGAAAAAGGGGGAGGCGGUGGCCAUCCAAAUACGGACCAAGACGCACAACCCGGAUGUAUACUGUUAUGAGUUGGACCUGGCCAGCCUAACCUCCAUCAAGGAGUUCGUGGAUGACUUCAACAACCGGGAACCCACACUGCACGUGCUCAUCAACAACGCCGCGUACAUGGGCCCACAGUCGACGACGAUGGACGGGUACGAGCGGUGUUUCGGCGUCAACUAUCUGGGCCACUUCUACCUGACGUACUUACUCAAAGACAAGCUGCGACGUGGUGCUCCAAGCAGAGUUAUCAACCUGAUCUCAGACACAUACAGCAAGGCGCGUCUCAACUUCGACGACCUGCCGCUAACCCCGUACGACAUCAAACAGGCCUAUGCGCGCUCCAAGCUGUGCAUGGUCAUGUUUACGUCUGAGCUCCACCGCCGCCUCGCAGGCGAUAUCAUACACGUAUACGGCGUACAUCCAGGCUGGGUGUGCACGGACAUCCUGCGGAAUUGGCCGGGCGUGGCGGGCAAUAUUCUGCGGACGGUGUCCCGGGUGCUGUUCAAGUCACCGGAGGACGGCAGCCAGACCGUGUUGUUCUGUGCGGUCGGCGAGAAGAUGCGAGAGAUGUCUGGCAAGGUGUUAGAGAACUGUAACAUUUUCAAGGUGAAGAAUUACGCCAAGGACCGCGAGCAGUGUGAGAGGCUGUGGAACCUAUCCUUGAACCUGUGUGGCCUCGAAAGUGAUAUCCCCGCGGACAAACGUGACCCGGGAGAGAAAGGGCCACCAGCCGCCGUCCAGGAUGUCGGACCAAGGGAGGCUGAACCCAAAAAGGAGAAAUAGAAGUUGACGGAGUCAGUGCUGUGUUUGCUGUGGAACAGUGGCUAUAGGAAGUAUGCGUGUCCUAGAAUCAGUAACAAUAUCAACCUAAUCAUCUGUGAUAAAAAUACAACGAUAAGGAAUAGUUAAGAUGUGUACAUGUAGCUGAGAGCCCGCGUCUGCCCGGCGAAGUGGUACUUCUUGUACGUGACCAGCGGAAGCUACAUGUAUGAAACCGAAUGAAUUUCAGCAUUUAUCUAAUAAUUCUCAUGCUACUAUUUAGUUAACAAGUUUAGCUACCCAUGGCCUAUAGGAUGUAGAUUAUGCUUGCCUCGUUGGGCAAAUUUCACCAAUUCGGAAGUGCCUACUCAUUGUUACAUGCCUUCUGGGAGUACGAUUUGUUAUUGGUGAAAGUGGCAUUAUUUCUUUUAAUUUAACACAUGAUAGUGAUUCAACAUGAUUAUACCGUCUAAGACCAUUGGCUACGUUCUAUACUUAUUCCUUAUGAGAAACGAUACUGUUUUUCUAAUGUUGUUUAAUGUUUAGUAGCCAAGCGAAAGUCCCCCUCCCCUAUACAUGGCGUUGCGGUUCGGGAAGCCGACUAGAAAUCAGGGUUAUUUUGGCUGCAAAUUGGUCAUUUGACUAUCGAAUUAUAGGAACUUCAUUUAGUGCAUGGUCUUCGACCUUGUAGCACAACGUCUGUUAACUGUCCUUAAUGGAAAAUUAUUAUUUGUCUGAAAAAAAAAACACAAAAAGAAAUAAAACAGCACCUGAAAGGGAUACGACACAGGAGUUAAAUCAGAGUGCAGACUGUAUGUGUUAGUUACGUUAUCAUGUUCAAUGAAUUGUCGUUUAAUGUAAUUUAAGGCACUUAAAACACAGUGACUGAUAUAAUAUCAUGUAUAAGACUCGUUUUCAGCUAGUAGUCUGGCGGACGCUUGUAGUUUGGUCAGGAUGAAAAUGCUCCUUGGAUAUGUAGCGUGUGAUCAAUGUAUUCCAUAUCUAUGCAAUAGAAUAUUAUCUUAAAAUGAUACCGAUCUUUUGUAAUGUUUUAAUGUUAAUUUUAACUGUUUUAUGUAAAUUGCUUUUAAAUAAAAUUAUUAAUUGAAA